AGCCUAAAGCCCUGUGGCUCAGUAUGGAACAAUGGAGGCCACAGCAAUGUGCUGACUCCUACCCCGUCCCACAGGCCUGGGCUCCAUUUACCACCACUGUGUAUAAAUAGGUCCGUUUACUCAGGGGUCAGGACAUCGUUUUGUGGAGCCCCCCGUGAGCGCUACACAGCAAUUUUUUGGGGUAGGUCAGGUAAAUUAUUACUGAGAUAUCAAACAUGGCGCUGACUACUCCUAACCCAGUGGGACCAUGGAAGAUCACUGUCUACGACCAGGAGAACUUCCAGGGAAAGCGUAUGGAGUUCACUGCUUCCUGCCAGAACAUCAUGGAGUGUGGUGUAGACAACAUCCGCUCGCUGAAGGUCGAGUGUGGAGCCUGGGUAGGGUACGAGCACUCCAGCUUCUCCGGGCAGCAGUUUGUGUUGGAGCGUGGAGAGUACCCUCGCUGGGAGUCCUGGAGUGGCAGCAACGCCUACCACAUCGAAAGGUUGAUGUCCUUCCGCCCAGUCUGCUCUGCUAACCAUAAGGAGUCCAAGAUUGUGGUGUUCGAAAGGGAGAACUUCAUUGGCAAGCAGUGGGAGAUGAACGAUGACUACCCCUCCCUGCAGGCCAUGGGCUGGGGCAACAACGAGAUCGGAUCCAUGCAGGUCCAGAGUGGAGCCUGGGUGUGCUAUCAGUUCCCCGGUUACCGUGGCUACCAGUACAUCAUGGAGUGCGACCGUCAUGGCGGAGAGUACAAGCACUACAGGGAGUGGGGCUCCCACGCUCAGACCUUCCAGGUCCAGUCUCUGCGUCGCAUCCAGCAGUAAGAGCGUCCACAGCCUCCUCCCUCUUUCACCCCUCCUCUUCCUCCUUUCCCCUCAUCCCUCAUUCGCCCUAUCAUUUCAAGCUUGACCAGUAGUCCUGUUAGACCUCCAAGACCGACAGCUCCUGAAGCUUCUGGUGCUCCACAGCGACAAACAUGUUUACAGCACUUUUGUUGAAGAAGAAAAACGAGAGAAUGAAAGAGUAAGAUAGAAAAGUGACAGCUGCAUCCCACAUCAAGCGGAGUGAAGGGUCUCGGGUGAUGUGGUGGUACAACCCAGGCUUUGAUGCUGUUCUUCAGUGUUGUCACGGGGAAUUGACAGCCACAGUGAUCAAUAAAGAGAAAAUGAGAAAAAAAUAAACAGCGAUACAAGAGUCUGCUAUUAACCUGC